AUGUCCCUCCUCUCGGCCAAUCCGCGCGCCCCAUUCUGCUGCCCGCCCAGCCAACCCCGGGCCUUGAAACCAGUGGGCAAAUGGGCGCAGGGCGGCCCUUCAACGCUGACCGCCUGGCCAAUUGGGGAUUCCGCGUGGCCCCGGCGGCAACCAAUCGACAUGGAGCGCGGUGCCGCCGCGGAGAGGUCCGGCCGAAUAUCCCUCCGCCUUCCUCCCUCCCUCUCUCUCCCUCCCUGCGAGCCGCCGUUCACUUACUGCCUCCCUUCCCUUCUUUCUCCCUCCGCCACCCUAGCACCAGCCGCGCUCUGA